UACCACAGCCAGGCUAUUUUCCGUUGAACACUUUAUCUUACUGUGCGACUCUCAACUCUCACAGGUACAAGAACAGAAAUGCCGCUUCUUUCCAUGGCAUCUUGUUGUAUAAAUACAAAAUUUCGUCUCGCAACCAAGGGAAAUGAGAAAGGAGGAGGAGGAGGAGAAAUACAGAGCCACCCAGCUCCUUUGCUGAAUAAACAAGUUAAGUUUGUGAAGAGCUUGGCUCCACCUUUAAUGGCUGCACUUGUAAUCUUGUCUCCUCUCGUCAACGAUCCAGUAUCACUUGGGCAAACCAUUGAUAUACAAAGAGGGGCCAGAUUGUUCAGUCAAGCUUGCAUUGGAUGCCAUGAUGCAGGCGGAAACGUAAUUCAACCAGGUGCAACCCUCUUUAUUAAAGAUCUACAAAGAAAUGGAGUUGACACAGAAGAGGAGAUAUACCGUGUAACAUACUUUGGCAAAGGAAGAAUGCCUGGUUUUGGGGAGAAUUGCACACCAAGGGGACAAUGUACAUUUGGAGCACGUUUGCAAGAUGAAGAGAUUAAGCUUUUGGCUGAGUUUGUGAAGUCACAGGCUGAUCAAGGUUGGCCGAAAAUAGAAAGUAUCGAAGACUGAUCCUUGCAUCCAAAUUUUGUAAAUGUUAUUUCACAUCUUCAAUGUAAGGAGCUUUGUUUAUUGAAAUUAAUUAUACGUGGGACUUACUAAUACUUGAUUUUUUAAU